UUUUAAAAUGCACCAUUGAUUUUCCGUGACUAGACACAAAACAUGUCCGUUACAAUGAUUACUUUCUGUUUAGGAUUUUGUCAAAUAUUACUUUUUGUGAGAGUAUUGUCUGACAGGUUUCCUGUAUACAGUGUGACUUCAUGUCCUCAGAAUGACAUCGAAUGGCGAAAAGCAUCCGAGAGAUUAAACUGUUCUCUGCAUUACAACAAAAAGCUUUACCGAUAUCACUGUUUGCCAGACUCUAAACUAACUAACUUGGUGGAAUUUUGUUACGAUCAUAUUCGACCUUUAGUGCCGAAAGGAAACUGUGUCGUUCUAAAUACUCAUAGCACUCUGUUGGACACCUAUAAUUGUUCGAAAUUUAAAAAAGGGUGUCCAGAUGUACAUUUUGACAGCGAUGCUAUAUUAAAAUAUCCGAGUUGUUUACUGAUCGAUACAAAAAUACGGUGCUACAUGGCGGAAAACACGUGUAUAACUGUUUCUGGAUUAAACUUUACAGCCAAAUCGAUUUUCAGCGAAGCAUCAACUACAAGGGAGAACAAAGAAAUCCAUGACAUAUGCCUGGCAGCCAUAAUCAUUUCAAUAUUCGUUGUACUACUCACUCCUGGUGUCAUCUGGUUUAUUCUGUGGAUCAAGGGAAGGUGGAGAAAAUCACUUUCAGAAGAGGAAUUUCUCUUAAAAGGUGAACUAAGAUUCGAAGACAAAUCACCAAGCUCACAGACAGUACAACUCGGAGAAAAAGUCUGUAUGAGAAGUACCGUGGCAGUAGUAGAAAAUGCAAUGACGAUCAUCCCCGAAGAUAUACAUUUUAAGUGGACAUUUGCUAGCUCCGAGGGGGAGGAAUACAAGGACAUACAAGUAUCCGAUGACAGACGUGUAACUUGUAGCACAAAACCACCAAACCCUACGUUAAUAAUUAGAAGAGCUAAUAAAGAUGAUAAGGGCUAUUACAAACUUACUGCUAUGGACAAAAGUAAAAAAAAUAAAAGAGACCUUAUUUUUUAUUUGGAUGUCUGGGGAUUUAAACCCACGGUUGACAUUAUUGGAGGACAUUCCGUCACGAAAGGUGAAACAGCAUCAUUUGUAGUUCUGCAAUCCUCCUAUCCUGAGGCGUUUCGAAUUAGAUGGUAUAAAGUGGAAAGGGAAGAUCAUACGGAUUUUAUAAAGGAUGAAACCUGCAUUGAUAUAACUUCAGAGAAAUACAAAGGGAGUACAUUUGACUUUUUGGUUAUUAACGAUGUUAAUAACAAAGAUGGGGGAUGCUACAGAGUCAAAGUGAAAAAUCUAAUCGGUGAAAAGAGCGCAUUUGUUCAUCUGUUUGUCAGGGAUGGAACUCCACCAGGUUGA